AUGAAGCCGGAAGCAGGAAGAAGCUGCCAGAAAUGACGAAGAAGAAGUAGAUGAUUGUUGAGCUAUCCCUCGCUUUCUUUCUCAUGGCCGUCUGUUUCAGCGCGGCCAUCUCCAUCAGAGCCUCAAAAACUUUACCCGUUGCCUUCAAUCUCGCAUCUCUCACUCUAAAGGUACGCCUACGCCUUCUCUUUCGCUUCUCCUCCUCAACAAGUAAUCAGUAUCCAUAUAACAACAUCAACCCAACAUCCUCUGAAACCCGCUUUCACCACCUCAUCUUCAAAGCCAUAGACGAUAAAAAAAUUAAUUGCCGGGUUGCCCAUCAACUCCGGGCGGUACUUCUGGACCCGGACUUGUUCAUUCGUCUCUUGAAUUCGGUACGGGACACUCCACGAAUCGCUUUUAGGUUCUUUCAGUGGGCGGAGAGACAGCCGGAUUACAAUCGGUCGGAGUACGUGUUCUGUGUGGUUUUGGAAUUACUUGCCGAGAAUAAUUUAAUGCAGUCGGCGUUGUCGGUGAUGGAAAGAGUAGUUAGUGCGAAUUUGCAUGCAAUUGUGGAUGUUUUGGUUGAUGGGUAUCUGAAUUCGAAGGUCUCGACUAAACUUCUUGAUGUUUUAUUAUGGGUGUAUACGAAAGGUUCCAUGGUUGAACAAUGUUUGUUGACUUUUGAUAAGAUGGUACGAAAUGGGUUAUUGCCUGAUGUGAAAAAUUGUAAUAGAAUCCUUAGGAUACUUAGAGAUAGAGACCUUGUCAGUAGAGCUAGAGAAGUUUACAGAAAAAUGGAUGAGUGUGGGAUUGAGCCAACCAUUGUUACCUAUAAUACUUUGUUAGAUUCAUUUUGUAAAGAAGGGGAAGUGCAGAGGGCAUUAGACCUUCUACUGGAGAUGCAAAGGAGAGGAUAUGCCCCCAACGAUGUUACUUAUAAUGUGUUGGUUAAUGGGUUGUCCAAGAAAGGAGAAUUAGAGCAGGCCAAAGGACUAAUUGGGGAAAUGUUGAACUCGGGAUUGAAGGUUUCAACAUACACAUAUAAUCCUUUGAUUCGUGGAUAUUUUGAGAAGGGAAUGGUUGAAGAGGCUUUAGGACUUGCAGAAGAAAUGGUAAAUAGAGGAGCUUAUCCCACUGUGGCAACUUACAAUACCUUUAUGUAUGGUUUUUGCAUGUCAGGGAAAAUGGAUGAUGCUAGACAACAGUUUUAUGAGAUGUUGAAGAAGAAUUUAGCACCAAAUAUUUUUUCGUACAACAUUCUAAUCCAUGGGUAUUGUAGGUCGGGGAACUUAAGGGAGGCUUUCCAGUUGUUUGAUGAGCUAAGUUGUCAGAAUCUUGUUCCCACUGUUGUUACCUAUAAUACCCUCAUUGAUGGUAUUUGUAGACUGGGGGACUUGGGUGAUGCUAGGCUGCUCAAAGGUGAAAUGAUCAACCGAGGAAUUCUCCCUGAUGUUUUUACUUAUACUAUUCUAGUAAAUGGGUCUUGCAAGAUGGGAAACUUAACAAUGGCUAAGGAAUUCUUUGAUGAAAUGUUGCGUGAAGGGUUGGAGCCUGAUCGCGUCGCUUACACAAGUAGAAUAGUGGGUGAACUGAAGCUUGGUGACCCAUCAAUGGCAUUUAGCCUUCAAGAAGAAAUGUUAGCUAUGGGUUUCCCACCUGAUGUGAUAACCUAUAAUGUUUUUGUAGAUGGGCUUAGUAAAUUGGGAAAUUUGGGAGAUGCGUGUGAGUUGUUACGGAAGAUGGUUCAUGAUGGUCUCAUUCCGGAUCAUGUAACAUAUACUAGCAUCAUUCAUGCUCACUUGGAAUGUGGGCAUUUCAGGAAAGCUGUGGAGGUCUUCUACGAGAUGACGAGUAAAGGCUUAUCCCCUUCUGUAGUGACUUACACAGUAUUGAUUCAUGCAUAUGCAAGUAAAGAGAGGCUAGCAUCGGCAUUUAUCCAUUUCUCAGAGAUGCAGGAGAAGGGUGUGCUGCCAAAUGUGAUUACUUACAAUGCUAUGAUAAAUGGUCUUUGCAAAGUGAGGAAAAUUGAUCAGGCUUACAAAUUUUUUGCUGAGAUGGAAGAUAAAGGAAUAGUUCCUAAUAAGUUCAGCUACACUAUUUUAAUCAAUGCGAAUUGCAACAUGGGUAAUUGGCAUGAAGCUUUAAGGUUGUAUAAACUAAUGUUAGAUAGAAAUAUUCAACCUGAUUGUUGUACACACAGUGCGCUUUUGAAGCAACUAGGUAGGGACUACAAACUGCGUGCUGUCCAGUGCCUUGAGGAUCUAAUUUUGGGUAAUAAAGAAACUGCCGGAGCAGAGACUUGAUAAACCCUCUAAUGAUAUUUUUAUCUUCUAAAAUUUGACGGGGGCAUGCUUAUUGUUAAAGAAACAAUGUCAUCCAACUUCAAAGUCACUCCAGUGGUCACUUAUUCAAAUUCUCGGAUAAGUGAGCAAGUGAAUUUUCAGGCUGAGCUUCUAAUUUGUGACUUUGAUAGUUUGGAAGGUCAACAAUCUGAUAUGGCAGCAGAGCCUUGGCACUGCAUGAUAAGUUUUUUACUGGUAAAGAAGUACAUGGAUUGGAGCAGUUAUUUGUUGUUUUCGAAGCCACAUUUUGCUGCAAGACAGAUUUAGGUUCUCUUUUUGCCAUUAAUCUCUAUCUCAUUGGAUCACAAUUAUCCUGAACCCUACUCUAUCGCCUUGUAUGCAAUCUCUCUCUCUUUAAAUCUGCAAUAACGGAGAGGGAAACUGUCCUUUAAAUGAUGGUAUCAGUGACUUUGAUGAUUAACUAUUGUGCAAUGCCAUUGUGGCAGCAAUUUAAGGCUUCAAAGGCCUUUAUGGCUCUUGCUCUCAAGCCAGAAAACAAGCUGUUCUUCUUGGCAAGCCACAUCUGGUAGUGCUUCAGGAUCUCUCGUGUCAAGUGUCUCCAUUCUUGGAAGGAGUUGGAGGUGGCCCUGGUAGUAGAUUUCAUAUUCGAAGUGAUGAGAGAAAUGCAAGUUAUGAGGAUCCUCCUCCACACCAUUUUGUACGGUGAUGACUUGGGCGUUGGACUUGGAAUGAGUUUGAGACCUUUAAGCGAAGAAGUGUGCUGAAACUGUGGAAAGACAUUUAUUAGUGUUGACUUCUAUGAUAGCAUCUGAGGAUGGAUGGACCCUGCUUAGUGCUGGAAGAGGUAAAUGGCUUUGGAGGUACCCUCUGGAAACUGAAUCCCUAUGGCAUAAGGUGAUUAAGAGUAAGUGCGGGAUCAAAUGGAAUUGGCAGGAGAAUAGGGCAGUGGCAUCAUCUCUCACACAGUCACACGUGUACCUGGAAAUUUGUCUCACAAGUAGCCAGUCAAUUCUUUCCAGUUGGUUCAAUGUUGGUAAUGGCAAAAAAGUUUGUUUAUAGGAAGAUGUGUGGGCGGGAGAGACUUCAUUGGAGCUGAAGGUUCCUCAUUUUUUAAGCUUUCAUCACUUCAUAAUGCUCCCAUCAUCUCCCUUAUUUCUUCAGAGGAGGGCUCUUCUUCUUGGGAUUUCCAUUUCUUCAAGAAUCUCAAUGACAGAGGGUCAAGAAGCUCACUAUCCUUAUUUCCUGGUUGGACCAGCACAUUCCCUCUUCUGGCGAGGAUGAGAAUGUGGGAGGGGGAUUCUUCAGGUAUCUUUACUUUCAAAUCUUUCCUAUAUCUCACCUUCUUAAAACCCACAUCCCCAAUCUUUUUCUUUGGAACUGCUUGAUUUGGAGGGCUAAGGUGGGGAUGGUUCGGGCUUUUGUCUAUACUGUGAUUUUGGAAAGGAUUAGCACACAUGAUGUGCUUCAGAGGAGGACACCAUAUAAGGCUCUUAGUCUUGACAUGUGCUUCAUGUGUUGUGAAAGCAACGAUUCAAAUGCCCAUUUCUUAUGCAUUGCAAGGUGGCAUUGCAGCUCUGGAAUGGCCCUUUUUUCAUUGGCAGGGGAAGAGUGGGUGGCUCCAGGGAAAGGGGAGAGACUUGCUUUUGGUUAAUUUCAGGGGUUUUGAAAAGAACAGAAAUGGCAGAGCUCUGUUGUGUGUAACUGUUUUUGCUAUCCUUUGGACCUUGUUGAUAGAGAGGAGCUCUAGUAUUUUUAAAGGUUAAUCAAUUUGCUCAUGGCUUUUGUAGGAUAGAGCAAUUUUCCUAGCCUCCUUGCGGGUGCACUCUUUGGGAUAUUUUGGGGGCUUAUCACUGUGCAACCUCAUUAGAGAUUGGGAGGCAGUGCUUUUGUAAUUUUAUUUUGUUUUUUUAUUUAAUAUUGUUUUUUGUUUUCCUGUUCUUUUAUUUCCUUACUAUAUUAUAGUUUUCUUGUGCUAUCAUAGUUUGUUGGGGAGGACUCCUUGUCCUCUAAAUCAUGUACUCUGAUUCUCAGGUUUAAUAAUAUUGUCUUCUUCUAUUAACUA